GCGGCCUACAGGGCGGGCCGGAGGGGUGUGGCCGGAGGGCCGUGGUGUUCCGCCGGCCAGUCGCGGGUUGUCAGAACCGUCGCCGCUGAAGUGGGGAGAGGCUGCGUUGCUCUGUCCUGGCCGCCCGGGGCCCGCGUAAGGAUGAGAGGGCAAAGGACUCGGGGCCGCUGGAGGCGCAGGUAACGAAGCUGGGGAGCGGUGGGGCAGCGGCUGGGCUUCUUCCGGGACCCGUGGUGCUGAAUGGAGAGGACCGAGGCGAAGCCGAGCCGUGGCUCCUAGCGGUGGGGCCGCUGCUGGAGCUGCAGCUGCUGGGCGAGGAUGUGUGGAGCCCAGGCGGCGUGGGGCAGCUGAGAGGCUUCGGGCCCCAGGACCCUCGGGGCACGGGAUGAGUUAGCGAGGGCAGCCGCGGGGGCCAGUUCCGAGCGCUACAGGCCAAGGCGACGGCCUCUGCCCGCCCGCCCUUUGCGUGCAAAAUCCGUUAUCGCCUUUCCGCGCCCGCUCGUCCGCGCUCCCGGCCCUGGAGACCAUGAGGUUCCGCAUCUACAAACGGAAGGUGCUAAUCCUGACGCUCGUGGUGGCCGCCUGCGGCUUCGUCCUCUGGAGCAGCAAUGGGCGACAAAGGAAGAACGAGGCCCUUGCUCCUCCGUUGCUGGACGCUGAGCCCGCGCGGGGUGCGGGCGGCCGGGGCGGGGACCAUCCCUCUGUGUCUGUGGGCAUCCGCAGAGUCUCCAACGAGUCGGCGGCUCCACUGGUCCCGGCGGCCCCCCAACCUGAAGCGGACAACCUGACGCUGCGGUACCGGUCCCUGGUGUACCAGCUGAACUUUGAUCAGACGCUGAGGAAUGUAGAUAAGCCUGGCACCUGGGCUCCCGGGGAGUUGGUGCUGGUGGUUCAGGUGCAUAACCGGCCAGAAUACCUCAGACUCCUGCUGGACUCACUUCGAAAAGCCCAGGGCAUCGACAACGUCCUCGUUAUCUUUAGCCAUGACUUCUGGUCGACAGAGAUCAAUCACCUGAUCGCGGGGGUGGAUUUCUGUCCGGUUCUGCAGGUGUUCUUUCCUUUCAGCAUUCAGUUGUACCCCAAUGAGUUUCCAGGCAGUGACCCCAGAGAUUGCCCCAGAGACCUGCAGAAGAACGCAGCUUUGAAAUUGGGGUGCAUUAAUGCUGAGUAUCCCGACUCCUUUGGCCAUUAUAGAGAGGCUAAGUUCUCCCAAACCAAACAUCAUUGGUGGUGGAAGCUGCAUUUUGUAUGGGAAAGAGUCAAAAUUCUUCGAGAUUAUGCUGGCCUUAUACUUUUCCUAGAAGAGGAUCACUACGUGGCCCCAGACUUUUACCAUGUCUUCAAGAAGAUGUGGAAAUUGAAGCAGGAAGAGUGUCCUGAGUGCAAUGUUCUCUCCCUGGGGACCUAUACUGCCAGCCGCAGUUUCCGUGGCAUUGCUGACAAGGUAGAAGUGAAAACUUGGAAAUCCACAGAGCACAAUAUGGGUCUAGCCUUGACCCGGAAUGCUUAUCAGGAGCUGAUCAAGUGCACAGACACUUUCUGUACUUACGAUGAUUAUAACUGGGACUGGACUCUUCAAUAUUUGACUGUAUCUUGUCUUCCAAAAUUCUGGAAAGUGCUGGUUCCUCGAGUUCCUAGGAUUUUUCAUGCUGGAGACUGUGGUAUGCAUCACAAGAAAACCUGUAGACCAUCCACCCAGAGUGCCCAAAUUGAGUCACUCUUAAAUAGUAACAAACAGCUUCUAUUUCCAGAAACUCUAAUUAUCAGUGAGAAGUUUCCUGUGGUAGCCCUUUCCCCACCUAGGAAAAAUGGAGGGUGGGGAGAUAUUAGGGAUCAUGAACUUUGUAAAAGUUAUAGAAGACUGCAGUGAAAAAUCACAAUUAUAAAAGCUAAAGUGACAGUCUUCUAUUUUUGAUAUUUGUCUAAACAGAAUAUACAAUUGAAUAAAAGUUUAGGAACUGGUUUCUGCUUUAAUACAAAAAUUCUUGUAAAAGGUGUUCAAAUACAUAGUAAUCUUUUCCAGUUAUGUCUGAUUAAGAUUUAAAACUGAAGUUUUCAUUUUGGGAGUAGGGUUUUAAAGUUCAAUCUGUAUCUGCUAAAAAUAAUGAUUAUUGUUAAUUGAUAUGAGAGAAGAGGGGAAAUUUUAUUUAAAUUGCAUCUAUUAAUCUUUUUAUCUGAAACUUUGUACACUUUUCCACUUUCAAAACUUAUUUUAAGUACAGCAAAAUUUAUUUAAAAUUGUCAUAGCAGUAAAAAGUAUUACAGUGAAAUUGUUAGAGUAUUAAUGGAAUAAGCCCAGUUUCACUCUUGAUACAGUUAUUAGGAACGAAAUGCUUCACUGGUUUAAUAAUUCAAAAAUUAUGUUUGUUAAACAUCCUGUCAGAACAGUCAUUUUCAGUAUUACAGAUUCUUGUACUGUUGUGCUAAGAUUUGCCUGUGCUUUGGAACCUUCAUAGAACACACUUUCUUUUGGAAUGUAUUUGAUUGGUAAGAAAGUUUAAACAUUUUCACCUCAAUGUAGAAAUACAGUGGUUUUGGUUUUUUUUUUUUUCUUUUAGUGCUGCCAAAAUAAAAUACUCAUUUUUGCAUAAAGAGUUUCUUAAUCCUUUUGCAGAGUAAGUUUUGUUUACUCUUUACACCAAAAUUUAGUAAAGGCAUUCUCAAAGUUUUGAAAGUUAACAUCUUAAUGUUUGCCAUCUAAAUAUUGUGUAAUUGAGUUUGAAAUAAAACCUAGCUCAUGACAAUGCA